UCCACGCACGAAGCACCACAGCAGCCCACGCCGAUAACACAAUGGCUCCAUCAGCAAAGACCAGCAAGGGCAAGCCCAGCAAGCCGUCCGCAAAGGCCAACGCAGCGGCCAAAGCGACACUGCGCGGAGUCAACUCGCACAAGACGACAAAGGUCCGCAAGAGCACCUCGUUCCACCUCCCGAAGACCCUCACCCUCUCGCGCGCACCGAAAUACCCGCGCAAGUCGGUCCCUUCGCAGCCUCGUCUCGAUGCCGGCAAGAUCAUCAUCCACCCGCUCAACACCGAGAGCGCGAUGAAGAAGAUUGAGGAGAACAACACCCUUGUCUUCAUUGUCGACGUCAAGGCGAACAAGAGGCAGAUCAAGGAGGCGUUGAAGAAGCUUUACGACGUUGAUUGCAUCAAGAUCAACACCAUGAUCCGACCAGACGGCUCCAAGAAGGCUUUCGCCCGCUUGACCCCAGAUGUCGAUGCCCUCGACAUUGCGGCUACCAAGCUCGCCAUUGUCUAAACGACACACCAAAAAUGAGGAGGAAGGCUUUGACUUGCAUUCGUCACCGGCGUUCGAGCAUCAGUCGCUCGCGGGGUUUGGGAAAAUCGGAGUUCAUAUUUGCCGGGUAUACCAGACGCUCGACGGUAUAUGGUAUACAGUCUAUCAUACCACUGCCAUGCUAUCAAGCCUUUCGCCCUCCA